AGAGUAUAGUUGAUUUAAUCUUACACGCUAUUAGCAAUAGCAUGCAUUUAACUAUAAAAAUAUUUUUACAACAAGAAAAAGAAUACGUGUUGUACGAUCUCAACAAUAUUGCGCCCAACAGAACAACAUCGUAUAACGAAGUAGACGUGUUGAAAGUUGGCGAACACUAUGAUAUUUUGACAUUGGGCACCCAUGGCAUCUGUGUGGAUUUCAUUAAUCUUGAUUCUGACGAUGAAAUUUCAGACGCAAUGUCCGGCAUUAAAAGAGAAAGUGAUGAUAGAGAAUGGAUCCGGGUUGGAAAAGUGGGGAAAAGAAAGCAGCGGGUAGAUAACAAACAUGAUACGCAAAGAAAAGUUGUAAUAAUAGAUACAAGUAGUGAUAGUGAAGAUAACAUUUUAUCGAAGAAUCCAUUCGAAUGCAACUUUCCAACAGAUAACGCGGGUUUAAAUGAAGAAGAAAGUAUCUGUGAUGAAACAGCUUCCGAUAGUUUCAUAUGAUGGAUGAGAGUGAUGGUAAUGAAAGUGAUGUGGAUAUCAUACCAGACGGUAUAUCGUAUUAC